CCAUUAACAGUUAACGGCAAAAUAUGGCAGGUUUGGUUGUUGCAUGGACGCCAAAUAUGCCAUGCUUGCCUGUCCACCUCAGGAAGGAUCAAAAUUCAGAACUCUGAUCCCCUGCAGACGCGCCCCACUACACCCGUACCCAUCAGGAAACAUCAGACCCAAUCAGACUGCAAAACCUCAGAAUCAAUCGUUGUCAAAACCCUAAACCCCCUUUUGACUCUGGUGCGAGCGACCGCAGGCCACAAUUCCUCCUCGUAUCGUCUUCGUUGUCACUGAAAUGGCUCUGACUCACACUCGCUCACUCGUAUAUAUACUGGAUGUCCUUAUCUUUCAACACUUUCUCUGCCUCUCUCUCUCUCGUUUGCUCUCGUUUGCUCUCUCUGUUCUCUCUGUCUCGUUUGCUCUCUCUGUUUCUCUCUGUCUCAUUUGCUCUCUCUUUCUCCCUCACUCUUUGUGUUGCUUCAAUGGCUUCAAUGGCUUACGAGCACUGCUUCUUCUGCAAGGCUGAGAUUGCUGAGUUCAUUACUGGCUGGCCGCUGAAAGAUGGCUCUUUCGCUAAGCUCUGCGGGAAAUGCGGUUAUGCUUAUAUACAUGAUAAGUUUUGUGAAACUUUUCACUCCAAGUCUGAUGGAUGGAGACGCUGUGAUGGCUGCAAGAAGCGACUCCACUGUGGAUGCAUUAUGUCAUGCCACAUAUACACAGAAUUGGACUAUGGAGGUGUAGGUUGCAGUAAAUGCUUAUUGCGAAGUAAAAAAUCUAUGGAGUCAGGUGAAGUGAUAAGUGAUGUUUGUGUUUUUAUGACUUGUAAAUUAUCUGUGGAAAUUUGAAAAUUAAUAUGUUCUAAAGCUUUUUUAUAUAAACUCAGAUGCUUUGUGUCAAUAUAUGGUUUGUGUGGUGUUUCCCUUGUUAAAAAAAAGAGUGCUGGAUGCUUGAGGGGACAACAUGUGUAUCCACCCACAUCUGGUGCUCAUUUGGAAACUUAUGAAAUAACUCAACUACUUUACCUUAGAAGUCUUGAAGUUGGGACUGUGUCAUUCUUUUUCUUAAUCGUUAUAGAUUGUUAUUUUUAGCAUGUUUGGUUUGCUGCAUGCUAAAAGCCAUACAUCGUCAACUUUCAAAUAUAUGCAUGUGUGUAGAUUCUCAGAAUUGUGUUUAUUAGACACCUCAUUCCCAUGUU